CAGCGAUUUUUUUAAAGGAAAAAUGCCACGCCGCCUCGCGACGACCUACUCCGGCCGCAUCGCCGCCGCGAGGCCGUCCCCGGAGGGCCCCUCCCUCACCGUCACAGUCGCCCCGACCCCGCCCCCGACGCCGCUCGACCCGCGCGGCUACCCGCUCCCGCGCCGCCACCUGGUCUGCGCCGCCGCGCGCAUCCUCCGCUCCCAGGCCUCCCCCACGCCGCUGCUCGACCUCGCCGACUACCUCCGCUCCCUCCGCCUCACCCUCACCGCCGCCGAGGCCUCCGAGGUCGUCAAGGCCCUCUCCCCGGACCCGCCCCUCGCGCUCGCCUUCUUCCGCUUCGCCGCCACCUCCCUCCCGGGCUUCCGCCACGACGCCUUCUCCUACAACCGCAUCCUGGCCCUCCUCUUCCGCGCCAGGGCCGACCCCGCCGAGGCGCUUCGGCUCGUCGCCGACAUGGAGCGGGACGGCGUGGCCGGCAACAUCUCCACGAUAAACCUGCUGGUCGGGAUGGGGGGAGGCGGCGCGGAGGUGGAGAGGUGCCUGGAGAUGGCGAGCAAGUGGGGGCUGAGGCUCAGUGGGUACACCUACAAGUGCAUUGUGCAGGCGCAUUUGAGGAGCAGGGAGGUGUCCAAGGGGUUCCAGGUGUAUGAGGAAAUGCGGAGGAAGGGCUACAAGCUGGAUAUCUUUGCAUAUAACAUGCUCCUCGAUGCGCUUGCCAAGGCCGGAAUGGUUGACCAAGCUUUCCAAGUCUUUGAAGAUAUGAAACAAAAGCACUGUGCUCCGGAUGCAUACACAUAUACUAUACUAAUCAGAAUGUCUGGAAAGGCUGGGAGGACCUCAAAAUUUCUCUCAUUUUUUGAUGAAAUGGUGUCAAAAGGAUGUGCUCUUAACCUGAUUGCCUUUAAUACUAUUAUUGAGGCUCUUGGCAAGAAUAAGAUGGUGGACAAGGUAAUUUUCGUACUCUCCAAAAUGGUUCAGAGUGACUGCCAACCCAAUCAAUUCACAUAUAGCAUUACACUGGAUAUUUUGGCAACUGAAGGGCAACUGCACAGAUUGAAUGAGGUUCUAGAUAUCUGUAGUAGAUAUAUGAGCAGAUCAAUAUAUUCGUAUUUGGUGAAGUCACUUUGCAAAUCUGGUCAUGCAAGUGAGGCACAUAACAUAUUCUGUCGAAUGUGGAACUCCCAUGAAAAAGGGGACAGAGAUGCUUUUGUAUCAAUGCUCGAGGUGUUAUGUAAUGCAGAGAAAACAUUAGAGGCUAUUGAUCUGCUCCUUAUGAUGCCUGAAAAAGGGAUUGCUACAGAUGUUAGUAUGUACAAUAAGGUCUUUUCAGCUCUUGGAAAACUCAAGCAAGUUUCUUUCAUAAGCAAUCUCUUUGACAAGAUGAAAGAAAAUGGAAUUAUUCCUGAUAUCUUUACUUACAAUAUUAUGAUUUCAAGUUAUGGUAGAGUUGGCUUAGUUGAUAAGGCGUCUGAACUUUUUGAAGUGAUGGAGGCUAGUGGUUGUAAACCUGAUGUUGUCACAUACAAUUCUUUGAUAAACUGUCUAGGAAAAAAUGGAGAUCUUGAUGAAGCCCAUAUGCUUUUCAAGGAGAUGCAAGAGAAAGGAUAUGAUCCUGAUGUGUUUACUUAUAGCAUAUUAAUUGAAUGUUUUGGUAAAUCCAAUAAGGUUGAGAUGGCAUGCAGCUUAUUCGAUGAGAUGAUAGCAGAGGGAUGCACCCCUAAUAUUGUAACUUACAACAUUCUACUUGAUUGUUUGGAGAGACGUGGAAAGACAGAAGAAGCUCAUGAACUUUAUGAAACUAUGAAGCAACAAGGGUUAAUUCCUGACUCAAUAACUUACUCAAUACUUGAGCGAAUAGAAAGUAGAUCUCAACGAACAGUAAGAAUACGCAAGCCAACUCGGAUUUCUGGUUGGAUUGUCAGCCCAUUGAGAUGACAAUGGCUUGGUAAAUUUGAGGGAAGCACCCCUGUUCUUUAGCUCCAUACAUUGAGAUGACAAUAGCAUGGUAACUUUGAGGGAAGCACCCCUUCUCUUCAGUUCCAUACCUUCUGAUGUGUAUGUGGGGACUUUGUGUAUAGUGACCAGACUGUCAUUCAAUCACCAACUGAAAAAAAUUGGUUUGCUUUUUCUCAUACAGAAUGAUAGCUAUUGAUUACUGGAUAAGCAUACUUCACAACUACAUAUACCCUGAUUCUUAGUAUCUAAUGCGCUUUGGUCUUUUAAAAUGUAUAAGAGUCCUCAUUUCAACUUUGAAAGGCAUACAGACGCGUGCAGUUGCAAGGCUUUGGAAAUGAAACUUGUAAUGAAGGCAUCCUUUGUGACUGGGGAAGUUGUGAGGUUCAUCAUAUUACAAGAGAAUUCAGUGUACGGAUUUUGUAGGAGCUUGUGCAUUCUAGUUCCAACUUCUGAGGUUGUUGGAAGAAAGGAUGCUUCAAGGUAAAGUUUUGGUAUGAUAUUGAAGACAUCUUCAAAAGUGGUAAUAAUUCUUCUUUCACAUUAUAUAAGCUUUCUUCAAUAUGGUGAACAAACUAUCUUUUAAAUCUUGGAGAUCAUAUUUAUUGCUACUCCAUCU